CUAUCUUCUACAGGCUUCAAAAUUAAUUCAAGUAUGUGAUUUCGGCAACUGAAGUUGUUGUUCUAAAGCUCUUCAUUUUGUUUAGCUACGUUUUCGCUGCAUAAAUGGGACACUGAUAAGACCGUUAUCUCUCCGCAUCCGCCGCAAAUCAUCUCACCCUGGUCGUAUAUUGGAAGGUGGGGUCAAGUAGAGCCAUUCUUCCAGGUUUGAUGGGAAUUCUUGGUUGAAUAAUGUAAUUCAUUCAUGAUAUAUCGUGCCCGAGCUGUGUUGAGAGCGCCUCGUUAUCAGUCUAUCCCCAAGAAAUCUGGUAAAAUUUAGUUGACAUAACAACUUGGUUAGACUGAUCUUACUCUUUUCUCUAAUCCAUAUCCAUCUCAAGAGAGUGCACUUUGAAAAUGCCUCAUCAGACGAAAGCCGAGAUUGUAGUCACUCCCUUUGCCAAUGAGGAGAAAAGGAGAAAUUUCGGAGCUACUAUCACAGGCGUAGAUCUGAACAACUUGGACGAAGAGUCUUUCCAAGCACUGCGAGAAGCAGUGUAUAGACACAGCGUUGUCGUCAUAAAAGACCAACAUGGUCUUCAGCCAGCUAAACAGUUCGAGCUGGUCAGACGAUUCGAUCCCGAAGCUACUCCAAAGCAUGGUUUUGGUGGAAAGGGUAAAGGGGCAAAAGAGCUUGGCGAAGCUCUAGGAAAGAAUCCUUUCUAUGUUAUUCCUGGUUCUGGAGGUGUGACAAUUGUUGGCAAUGGAUAUCAAGGAGAAAAUCACUAUGGACUGGAGAAUGUCACGCUCAAAGCUAUGAGCCAUGUCGACUACCACGAUGACCCUCUCUCUGCAGAGGAUUUCGAGAAUGGACAGGCCCGAUUCAACAUAUUCCAUUUCGAUGGGAUCAUCUAUGGAGCACAUCCUUCUCGCAUAACAACAUUUCGAUGCGUCAAACUUCCUCAAGGCCCUGACCUAACAAUUCGAUGGGAUGAUGCAGGAACUGAGAGAGUGAUGCAAUGCCAACCAGGAUGUACGGCUUUUAUCAGCGGUGCUCAAUUGUACAGCCUAUUGACGGACAAUGAAAAGAUGAUGGUUGACAACAGCUUUUGGGAGCCUGCACCCUAUCCUUUCGCCUGGUCAGGCUCUCGGAAGAUCCGCUCUGGCGGGCUUGGAUUAGCUUCUGGUGGUAAGACAAUACCACUCGACGAGCUUCCCGAGUGGACAUCGGAUAAGGUUCAUAAAUACCCGAUGGUAUGGCUUAAUCCUGUCACAGGAGAAAAGUCGUUACAAAUCAUGGCCGAGGUUGUACGCAAGGUCUUCCUCAAGGAGACACCAAACGGAGUUCAGAGGACGGUGGAAGACGAGGAAGAAAUUCGAGUCUGGCUAAAUGGAUUGCUUGAUCGUAUCGCCAAAACCGAAUAUAUACUGGUUCCUCGAGUCGAAGAGGGUGAUAUGGUCGUCUGGAACAAUUGGGGAGUUAUCCAUAGCGGUAUUGAGUAUCCAUUGAGCUAUGGUCCUCGGACAGCUCACCAAUGCCAUAUUGCCUCCAGUACCGCUCCUGUUGGCCCAACGGUUUAAGUAUUUAGGAAAAUCAUUGUUUGAUAGAAGUUAAAGUCAGACUAGUUGUCAUUAGUUGAGGUGUUACUAAAUUGGGAGUUCUAUGACAUAAAUGCUGCUGUGCCUUGAGAUUGUUGUGAUGCGAAGGGAGAAAUUGCCUAUAAAAUACUGACCACUGAAUUUAAAGAGGGGAUAGGAAUUCUUGAGAUAAGUUUGCCUCUGGAUAGAGUUUUGAAAUUGGGUGUACAGUGCCUUGCCAUCAG